AGCUGCCAGGAUGUAAGGUAGCCCUGGUAGAGGAAAGCCAACUGCUACAUCUUGAGAACAUGCAAGCAGCCUAUGGAAAGGUCCACUUGGCAAGAAACUGAGGCUUGCAAGCAAACAUGCAAAACUCCAAACCGCUAGGGCCAGAGGAUUUCCGAAUUGAGGCAGGAGUGCCGUUCCCCGGACCGACAUUUGGAUCUCAGGUGCCAGGACACUAAGCAUGUCCAAAGUUGGAGAGUGAGUUGGAGAUGCCAAGACUCCCUCUCUGGGCUUGCGCCGCAUCGGGGGCCUUCGAGAGGUUCUGAGUACCAGCAUGCCACCAUGCAACUCGGGCGCUUCCCUGUGCCUGGAGCCCCGUGUCUGUCUCAGGCUCCAGCUGGCUGGCGACGCUCGGCCUCGCGCAGGACGUGUUGACGUCGCACAUGAUGGCCCGUUCCGCGAGGUCUGCGAGGAGUAGCGCAGAGGCUCAUGGUCACACGUGAUUGGAAGUGGGAGUAGUUGGACCUUAGGCUGCUGGUCUUUCACUUCCGGGUGGGAGGCAGCUGGUGGAGGCGGAGGCUGCAGCCCAGAAGGCCAGGAGGGACUUGGGGGAGAUAAUGACUCAGCGCGCACGGUAAGGAGGCAGCCUGCACCUGGUAUCUGCACCUGCACCUGCGUGACAUGCAUGGCAGCCUCCUCCGGACUGGACACUUCCUGGAGAGCAGGUGGAGUGGAGGGGAUCCAGAAAGUCAUCAUGGACCUUACGGAUGAGUUUAAAGAUGAAUUCCCUACCAUCCUAAGAUUAUCACAGUCUAAUCAGAAAAGAGAACCCAUGCAGAAAACGUCCAAAAUCAGAAUGGCUGUUGCCUUAGCAAGGAUCAACCGAGGAACAUUGAUUCAAGGAUUAAACACCAUAUCCAGAUCCUCCAAAUCAGUGGCCAAACUUCUGCAUCCCCAGCUUGCUUGUAGACUUCUAGAGUUAAGGAACAUAUCGCAUCGUUUGCUGAGGGAAGUUAAUGCACCAAAACAACCCCUCUAUAACGUGCAGGUCAGAAGGGGUUCUUUGUUUGAAAUCAUUUCUUUUCCGGCAAAGACUGCUUUAACUAGCAUAAUAUGUGCUUCAUAUGCAGCACUAAUUUAUCUGACAGUCUGUGUUAAUGCUGUGUUGGAGAAGGUAAAGAAAAUUUUCCAAGAAGAAGAAUCCAUAAGGCAAAAGAGAGAAGAGAAUGAAAAUCUUAGAAAAGCCUUUUCUGAGCCUGUGCUUUCUGAGCCUACAUUUCCUGAAGGUGAAAUCAAAGCAAAACCUUACAGGUCAUUACCGGAGAAACCAGACAAUAUUGCAGAUCGCCCCAAACUUCCUGCUAAUAAGUUGAAUAAUAAGAUCCAGGUUUUACAUUCUGUGUUUGACCAGUCAGCUGAAAUGAAUGAAUGAGCAAAUUGGAACAUAAGUAUUACUGAAUGGAGCUUGAGAGUUAUUAUCUAAUCACAUUUCAUCUCACAAAACCAGGAAACUAGUUUUCAUAUAUUGACUGCUCUGCUUUAAAAUGCCACUCUCAGGUAUUUAUAUGAUAGAGAAAAUAAAGUGAAUCUUGAU